UGACUGAAAAAUAUGUAGCUCCUGCUUGGAAAACAGUGAACGACUUGUUACACGACAGAAAUAUAACUAGCACAAUGUUGAUGUAUACUGUAUUCAAGAAUGCUUCGGAUGGAGAAUCAGAUGUCAAGAACGUUUCAGACAGAGGUCCAGAUGUCAAGAAUGCUUUGGAUAGAAAUUCAAGCUCCAGUUCAUGCAUGGACGUAAAUGCCAGACUCCCAAGUUGUUUUACAGAAGAAUCUUCUAGGAAUACGAGUCAGAGUUGUUCUGAGUCUUCCAGUGAAAAUUCUGUUGUCUGCAAUUUUUUCUGUCCUUCAUUGUGUAAUUGUUCAGAGGGUAGUGAUCUGUGUUUUAGAAAGGCGUACCCCGAUUUCGUACCAAAAGUAACAUUGCGUGGUGUUGCGUGCAAUUCAUUCCAUAUUGAUCAGUUUGGAAACAAGCAUAUUCUAGAAUUAGUCAUUCUAAAUUCUUCAAUAUUGAACUUGACCAUCGUCCCAACUACCUCAUUGACAUUGAAUAAAUUAACACUUAAAAAUAGCGUGUUUAGAGAAAUUGCAAUUCAGCAAACUAUGUCGAAUUCGUAUAUUCAUCUUAUACUUAUAAACAACUGCACAUUGAAAAAUGUAAUCACGAAAAUCUUAGACUUUGGGUUUAGUUAUCAACAUAAUUCAGAAAUUCCUGUUGUGUUUGACUUCGUUAAAAUAUUUGUAUUUAAAAAGACUGUUGAACUAUCCGGGAAACUACGUAACCAUAUCAAUAAUUUUGUCUUUUUCAAUAACAAAGUUACUAAUUUAAGUUACUGUGAUAUCGACAAGUUUACGAAACAAUUGAUCAUUCACAAAGGCUUGAGUCCUACACGUACACUAGACUUAAGCCACAACGCUAUCAAGGUAUACAGGCACUACGGCGCCACAGAGACCCUUUACCUCAAUAACAACCUGCUAACAGAAACUCCCAAAUCAUUUAACAUCAAAGGUGAAAAUCCGCUUAAAGUACUAGACAUGUCCUGUAAUGGAAUCUCGGCACUACGACGAGGACAUUUCCUCCCCCCUAGCUUACUUUAUCUGAAUGUCAGUAGAAAUAUAAUCGAAUACAUAGAUGGGAAAGUGUUUCAUGAAAAGUCUAAUCUCGUUGUUCUUGAUCUCUCAUGGAAUAGAAUUUUGCGCAUCCAGUCAGAAACUUUCGCGUCUUUGAAAAACUUACAGGAACUGUACAUUCAAGAAAACCAAAUUCAGAUAACGGACGGCAUGUUUGUAGGACUCUUCAGCUUGAAGAUUCUACAAGUGGACCAUUUUUCUGCCUGUUGCGCUAAACCAGAGUUAGUAAAAGACGCGCUUUGUAUCGCUCCUGUGAGUACGAUCUCCUCCUGUGACAGCCUCAUUGCUGUUCCAGUCUUGAGAGUUAUCAUUUGGUACAUGGCGCUUUUGGCAUUCUUCGGAAACGGCAUAGUAUUGCUGUACCACAUAUUGGGCUAUAAAAGAAAUGGCUCAAAAUCGUACAUUAUUUUAACUAUGAAUCUUAGCUGCGCCGACCUGCUCAUGAGUAUUUAUUUGUUCAUCAUAGGUAUUGCUAACAUUAUUCUUUCUGGUAAAUACGGUGUAUCUGAUCAUGCUUGGCGUCAUAGUGUUGCUUGCACGGUAGCCGGGAUAAUUGCCACUUUAUCUAGUGAGGUUUCCGCUGUUAUAGUGUUCCUGAUCAUGUUUGAUCGAUUCAUCGCUAUUAAAUAUCCCUUCUCACGACUGAGGCUGAAGGCACGUAGUGCUUCUUUUGUAUCUUUCUUUGCCUGGGCAUUGUCUUUGGUUCUUACUCUUUUGCCACUGUCUUCAAUGCCUUUCUUUGAAGAUUUUUACGCCCAGUCGGGGAUCUGUAUUUCCCUUCCCCUUUCCGUCAUACGAAAACCAGGCUGGGAAUACUCGAUGAUAUUGUUUGUUGGACUCAAUUUCAUUCUCUUCUUGGGAAUUUUUGUCGGACAAGUUUUCAUUUUUCUUGAAGUCACGAAAACUCGGAAAAUGGUAUCGGCGCCACGAGUUAAGAAACUAGAGACAGCUCUAGCCGUUAACCUCUUUGCUGUGGUAAUGACUGACAUGUUGUGCUGGAUACCAAUUGGAACAGAAUGCUCACAUUCUUUGGAUUUGACGUGUCACCUGAAAUCUACAACUGGAUCACAGUGUUGGUUUUACCGAUCAACUCGGCAUUAAAUCCCCUCAUCUAUACAUUAACCGCCGUAAUCAGAUACAGGAGGGGUCAAUGUUCCGAGGAAACGGCGCAACUAAAGCAUCAUCUGUCCUUAUUAAAGGCGAG